AUGGACGACGAUGGCUUGGUGGAUCCCUCCUAUAGCAUCCAGGUGAAGGACCAGACCUUGCUAUAUCCAUCUGGGAUCAUGAAAUCCUUGAGCCCGUCCUUUAUGCAUCGCAUCCGCAUUCCCAUCGAGAUGGAGGUGGAAGCUGAACCCACAGUUGGCCUUCCCAUGAUGGCCUCUACAAUCCCCUUCCCGCCGAUCAUUGUGAAGAUUUUGGAUCGUGAUGAGAGGAAGGUCUUGGGCGUUGAUGCCGGUGACACCUUUGAGGAGGUGGGCCGUAUGGUCAUCAAGCCUUCGGCCGCCAGGACUCACUGUGUUGGUCGCAAUGGCGAGCAACGUGUGGAAGUGUAUCCACUCUUGGGCUACUUGCAUGAAGAGGACUAUGUCCUGGGCGAUCAAGGUUCGCUCUUUGCUUCGAAAAUGCCUGCAGAACUCGAUCUCAACAGGCACCAUGUGGCGAAGUGGUACGCGCUGGACAAGGCUGCCCAGGCACCCUUCGACACGUCCACAGGGGGAGAGGAGGACUCAUGGCAGAAGAGGCCGCGAGUUUUGGCUGCGGCCAACUAUUCCUUCCAGGCCAAUGUCCUUGGAGGUCUCACGCAAGGCCAGAACUUGGCCAAGAACGGAGCUGGGAUCACCAUCCAUCAGCUGCAGACGCAUCAAAGUUCCAGCUUCAAAAUCGAUUUCUGCUUGUUGGGGCUGCGGAACCUACCACAGACUUUGGUGGACUGCAAACUUUACGUGAGCUCUUUCUGGGAAGGUGGCGCCAUCGAACUGCACAUCGGUAGCCUCUUGAGUCAAAACUUCAACUUCAUGGUUGAGGAUUCCUGUGAAGGCUGGCAAGAAAAGUUGGCCCAGUGGAAGCCGUUGCUCCGGAUCGAUGAUGAGCAAACGCCGUUGCACACGCAGGAUGCAACGUCAACACUUUGGACUUUGAAGUUGAAGGACUUGACAGGACUGAAGAUCCAACCUCCGGUCUAUGAGGUGCCAGUAAUUCCCUACUUGCAACAGGACAAGCUGAAGCCUGGACGUUGGAGUCUGCACGAGAUGGACACAGAGCAGCAGUUUGACAUAUUGGUACGAUAUGAAGGGACUCAGACGGUGGAGGUCCAGAAAUUUGCCAAUGGACAGUUGGAAGAAGUUCGCCAUCCAGGUCAUUUCAACAGCAGCAAGCAGAUUCUCAGGUUCACCCUGGAGGACACCGAGUGGUCUGGUCAAGUCACCAGCUUCGGCGCGGCCAUGCCUUUGCUAAGAGUUGCUGACCUAAAAGAUAUGGCCCGUCCGUCAAAAUUUUAUUCGGGCACCUGGCAUGAGGAGGAUCCUUUCGUGCUUUUGCCCUCGCUCACCAUCCAGCUGAAGAACCCGGCCACUGGCGCCGACCACGGCACUUUGACGGUGCCUUUGCCUUGUCGUUGGGGAUGGGCGCCGGUUUGGAAGUGA